UGAGCAGUGUAUCGGUACGGUAUCACGUUUAGAGAAAAGUGGUGUUGUUGGUUUUCUUGAAUUAUUUUGAUAGCAAGUUUAUUGUCUGUGGGUAUAUUUCUGUGUGUUGCUUCGUGCUUUAAUUCCCUUGGUGUUCUUGAACUUAUUAAGAGUAAAAACACUAUACUCUCUUCCACUUAACACCAUUGCCUUUCUUAAUGUGAAACUUUUCGAUUUUCACCUUGAAGUUCGAAAAAUGGAAGACAUCACAAUAAAAUCAGAAUUCAGCGAUGAAAUGCAAAUAAAUGAAAGCUCCUUGAACUAUGAUUCAAGCGAAAACCCUGAAAUUAAAAUAAAGGAUGAAAAUUAUGAUGAAACUGAUGAAUAUGAAAUGGAACACCAAAGAGAAAUAAUGGACCACUUAAAUGCUGCUGGCAUUCAAAUGGAAGCCCAAAAUAACAUCCAGCAAUAUAAUUCAGCCGGUGAUGAUGGAAGUGAAACUGCAAAUUCAUAUUCAGGAGGAAGCAAAAAUCUCAUUAAAUUAUCAAAAGUUAGGGACGGCAGCAAUGUGAGGUUUGAAUUUACUGCUGGAUACCGGCGAAAUAGUGUUCUUAUAUAUUUGGUCGAUGAAAAACAAUUAUUCACAAAAAAAUACUCCCAUAAUCAUAUGGACCGUUAUACGUGUUAUACAAAAUCAUGCAAAGCAAGUUUAUUAUUCGAUACUUAUUUGAAUAAAAUUGUUAAAUUAUAUCACACGUUUCACUUGCAUCCUGAUCAAUCGGACGUUUAUAAGAAAAUGAAAGUCCUAAAUGAAAUGAAAGAUUAUUGUUUGACAAAUGAUGGAUCAAAUUUAACUACGAAACAGAUCUUCGAUCGGAAGUGUGAUGUCAUGAAGGAAGCUGCUCAUUUAGUGGAGUACAAUAAGAUUAAGAGAAAUUUAAAUAGACUGAAGAAAAGUGCUAUGCAAAAACCUAUAAGUAAUUGUAGUAGUUUUGAGGAUAUGAUGCAUGGGAUGAAUGAUUUUGCGGACGAUAGAAAUAAUUCGGCUUCGAAGUGGGAUACAAAAGACCGGAUACCUCCAGCAAGAGUCCCAUCACCCCCAGUGUCAUCAGAUGGAGAUUCAAAAGAAGCUUCAAACGCAGCACCAUCAGCUCCAUCAGCUCCAAAUUUUACUGUUCAAAUACCAGCAAAAAAGUCCCAAACCCAACCGCCGCCGUUCAAAAAGAUCAAACUUACCCAUCAGGAACAUGAUGCACCAUUCACCGAGGGUUAUCUAGAAGAUGCAGUUCCUUCAUUUCAAUUGAAAACUUCAAACAUCAGAAAAUCUCCACCUCCACGACCAAAUCCCCGUAUUUACCAGGACGAAGGAAGUCACAUUUGUUCUUCAUGUCCAUGUGUAGCGGCCCAAGAAAAUGAAUAUGAUAAAAUUGGCAAAGCAUGGGCGUCCGAAUUGAAAUUAAUGUCUAAGGAACAGCAGAUAUUUGCUAAGCGUGCAAUUGCCGAAAUUAUAUUCGAGGGACAGUUGGGUGGUUUAAGCCGACAUUCUGUACUAAUACGUCAAGAUAAUCCAACAAAUGAAGGUGAACCAUUUGUAAUCCAUGAAAAUGCGGAGUUUUUAUUUGAAAAAUCUUCACAACAUUCAACCGGGGUUUGAAUUAAAAUAUUCAAUGACAAUAAAUGUACAUUUGUAUGUAACUUUCUUCUUCCUAAGUAAAAAUAUUUGUGAAUUAUCUAUUUUGUAAAUAAAACAAAAUAAUUAGUUGAA